AUGUUCAGGCAGAAGAGGUGCGGCAGCCACAGCCCUGCUGCGAGUGGGUGGCCUAGCAAGGCAGAGAAUCUUCGGCGUCGUCCCUGCAACUUGAAGGCACUGAGCCUGAACCAUCCGAUGCCCCAUGCCAGCAUCCCAGGUCCUCGUCUCAGACGGCACCUGGCCUUUGUGGGAGAUGUGAACGUGGCUGGAAGCUCCAGACCUCUCCAGAACCGUGACCCCCUCCCUCCUCACCGGCGGCAGGUGGAACGCCCCAAAGUGGGCCAUCAGGCGGUGCAAGCCGAGGAUUCCACGGCGCAAGACGCGCUGGAACGGGUGAAGCAGCUGGAGGCCGCAUCCGCUGCAGAGGCUGGCCAGCUUCAGGCGUGGCGCGACAUGGCUGCGGCCAAGGCGUUGGGCAAGCUGAACGUCACCAUCGUUUGCCCUCGAGCAGAAUGUAACGUCAAUGGGGUGAAGGUGGAGAUGGACAGCUGGCGCUCUGAGCAGCUGCGAAGGGACUUCGAAGACAAGGCAAGUUGGAUCAGAAAGCUCCAGGCCUGUGAGUUCGCCAGCUGGAAGGUCCUCCCACGCUUCGUGCAGCUCAUUGUGUCCGAUGUGAGCAGCCGGUUCACGGACAAGUUCACGGGCCUCCCCUUGUGCAGGAAGAAGGUGGAAGCCAACAACGCUGCCGGCGAGCCAACGGGACUGGCACGGCAAGGCUUCAGCCAGUUCUUCACUGACACAGAUGGCCUGAAGAUCUGCCAGGGCCGCAAGUACAUUCCCGUCUCCACGGGCGAGAACCACCAGUGGCGGCCUUCCAAGAGGCAGCUCUCCGAACCAGGUUUGCACAACAUUGAGAAGAACGAGGGCAAGCUGCGGGUGGACCCUCCCCCGACCAAGGUGUUCUCGAUUCCCGAGCGGCGCCAUGUCCGUCUGGUGGAAUCCAAAGAGGAGUACGGAGACCUUUCGGUCGGGAAAGGCAUCGUCCUCCGAGCACCCGGUGUGCGGGCGGCGGAGGUCGCCGCCCGGGAGGUUGAUGUCACCGUGGAGAUGCAGCGGAAGGCCAGGAACCACGAGUUGGACGUGAAGCGCAAUGGCAUAGGCGUCAUGGGCUGUGCUUCCAGCACGACCGUGGUGCAUGACGACAUGGAAGAGAUUCGGGUCACUUUCGAGGACCGCCGAGGGCGAUUGAUCACAGAGCACAACAAGCAGUUCAAGGAACCCAUUCGACGCUUCAACUCCUUUCGCUGCAGCGAUAAGGACGCGGGUGGAAUCACUGCUCCAAUCGCCAGUACUCAUACCCAUCACGUGAACCAGCUCAACAAGUUCUUGGCCGCCAUCGACAAGAAUCCGGAGCUGUUGGAAAAGAGGGUUCAUCCGAGCCAACGCGCUGAACAUCCCAGCCUGGAUAUCCUGAAAGCCGACAAAGGGACCAGCAGCUGGCACAGCCUAGCAACGGUCAGCACAGCUUCCGAGGCUUCUAAUAUCCCUGGCAGCUUCGCGUAA